CGGGCAACGAAAAGAAUGGACGAGUACCAGACAUCAAUUGCAAAUGUCGACACUGCGCUCACCCGCCUGAAUGAGACUUUGGCUUCGUAUAGACUCCUUGGCACCGCACCACAAGAGUCUUCAGUGGACAAACCGAAGCCGAACGAGAACACCAGGGCGGUACCCGGGCAUCACGCAGCGCAGAGCAAGGUCACUGCCCAUCCUCCGCAGGCCGAUGCGAAUGGACCUGCCUCGUCUUCAGACCAUGCUCAGGACCUCCUCGGCCUGUUACUGGCGCUGAGAGCAAGCCAGCACUAUCCGGAGACGUUUGUGAAAAGAGAUGCUCGCUUGGCGAGGCUCGACAAUGCAUGGGAAUAUGCCGCCGACCACCCGUAUUCAGUACCCGUCCAUGUUUUGAUCGCCAUCGAGUACCUCGGCCUGGGGUAUCCGGAUCUAGCAGCAGGUUCGGCCUACAAAGCAUUGUUACUGUCCGAUGCGUUGGACAACGAUGCCGAGGAAUAUCACGAGGAAGCUUGUGAAUCAUUAAAGGCAAUCAUCCAGGAGCAACCGCUGGAGGAUCGCAUCAAGAUCAUUCGACAGGCAAUUGAUGCUGGCAUCAAAAAUGGUGGGGUCGCUGCUGAGCUCGACCCUUCACUCGACAUCGAGAUUACCCUCUGGCUGAAGAUGCAUUAUCGCCUGAUCAUGUACCGUAUCCUGACGCGAAGUCUCUUUCUCUGCACUUGUUACCGGACUGCCCACUCGUACGUUGAGCAAGGACUUGCCCUCUACCCCGACGACCAGGAGCUGCUCGGUAUUCGCGAACGCAUUCAUGCCGGAGUUUCCGAAGCUCUGAAUUCCAGUGGUGAUGGCACCCUCCCGCCCUCAAGCGAGUGGCCUGAUCGUGGCUCCGUGCGGAGAGAGAUAUAUCCCUGGAACAAGCGAGAACCGGAUCGCAUCGCCGACCUGGAACGAAUCAACAUGCUGAUGAGCGGCGUAUCGGACAAAUUGGAGGUUCGUGCUGUCGAUCUCCCAGCGUUAAAUGGCGACGCGACUGCGACUGUGACCCAACUUGGUGUUUUCGCCAAAGUCGACAUUACACCAGGAGACAUCAUUCUGGAUGAGACUUCGCUGCUCACUGCGAAUAACAAGUUACAGGAUGCACUCUGCGAUGCCUGCAGCCGUGAUCUUCCCGAGGUCGGUAGCGCGGACUGGGAGCAAGCAGUAGUGUGUGCCGAAUGCGAAGUCGUCUUCUGCAGCGACUGGUGUUUUGAGAAUGCUCGAGACUCUUACCACCCUGCACUCUGCGACAAGGAUGUAGAAGCCAUCGCGAAGGAUGUGCCACCAGCCCAAGCCGCGGACUCGUUGUACUCACUGUUACUUCUUCGAGCUCUGGCGAUGGCAGAGACGCAAGAAUGUCAUCCUCUCGAGCUUCCGGACAUUCGAUAUAUUUGGGGCGACUUCGUCCUAGCACCUGACGCAGAAACUACAAUCUCCCACGACCUCGACGCAGCUGCUAGCCCAAGCCUCCUUUCCGGCACAUUACCAUUCAGCUUCGAGAACAACGUCCGACUGCCAUUCCACAUGCUCGAGAAAAUGGACAUUGACAUCUUCGCCAACCCUCAAUACGACGUCUGGGUCUUCAACACCCUCUAUGCCAAAUUCCGCGGAACAGCCUCUGCUCGCCUCUCCGGCCUGGGCGGCCGCGCCAUUCGAGGCCCCGAAGUCUCUGCCGUGCACCCCAUGUGGUGUCUCGCCAACCAUUCGUGCGAUCCCAAUGUCAGCUGGGAGUGGGCCGGGGCCAUGAAAUUCUGGACCAAGAGGGAACGAGUCGCGUGGACGGGCGCACACGGACAGCAGACGGUCAUGUCUCAGGCGGGAAUUCACAAGGACGAAGAAGUCAAAUCUCAUUACUGCGAUGUCGAUUUGCCGGUGAAGGAACGACGUGAAUGGGCUCGGGGCGCACUAGGAGGUGAUUGUUUAUGCCCUCGAUGCAUAUAUGAGGCUGAUGCGGAAGAGAAGGCAUGAUCAAGCAGAAGCAGUAAGUAGCUGCAGCUGCAGCUAAAACAGCUAACGUUCAGCAGCAAAGCAACAUGCAUCAUUUGUGUGCUGAACUUUUCACACUUUCCUUUUCCCAUAAGAGCCCCCUCCCUCCUUGGAGAUGAUUGUACGGAACGAUAUUGUCACCUCAACCAGACGCUGCUUCCAUGCACUGUUUUGAGUACGAAUUUUUCGACGUUCCCAGAAGAAACGAUGUGUUUGAAUUGACUCACCCUACGACCUUUGUGGAGGUGAUGAGUCUCAUGGCACACCCACAAUACCUACGGGUACAAACUGACCUAUGGAUGUAGCAGUCGCGUCAACCGUCUUCAUACCAUCAUGGUGAAAUUAUGCUGCUGCUGCGUUUCCAUAAAAUCAUGCCUCCACGUCUCUGGUACCCAUGUGGGCAGGGUCGUGGACAUUCUCGUGUAGAGCAUCCUGACUGCUAUCGCGGAGCAGGUCAUCACUGUCUCGAGAAGUGGGUGCCGACAUUCGCGGCUCGUCGUCUGGGCUGUCCGCGUUCUCCUCGUCGAGCUGGGCUCGGUUCGCCUCCCUCUGCGAGUGGCCUUCAGAUCUGGCAUCGGCGUCUGCAACUACACCGGCAGGCAUCAGUGGCGGACCAUCUUCGUCGCUGUCAAGCUGCAAGAGAUAGGUCUCCCACAGCUCAAUGAGCUCUUUCUGCGCUUCAAUUGCACUUUCCAAGAAUGUCUCCACUCCACUUUUGAAGUCUUCCACCUUUUCACGCUCGAAGCGAUCAAGCUCUGUCCUCAUCAGGCGCCCCAUGUCCUCGAACAAUAAUCGUGUGGCGUGGACGCGUCGUUCCUGGUCUGCAACGUCUGCCUGCAUCUGGCCGAGCCUGUCCUGCUGCGUGCGACCAGCUCGUAGUAGCUUUUCUUGCUGCCUCUUGAUUUCCAUCAGCUUGGCGUCGGCGGAAUGCCACGAGUGAAAGGCCUUUUGCCGUUGCUCAAAGGCUUUCUUCACGGAACCGAUGAGGCGAAUGUACUCAUCAAUCACGAUUCCUAGAGUCAGAACGUCCUGCAUAGCUUGCCGUUGAUAGAGCUCUUGAAUUCGCAGCUGGAGAUCUCCAAGCGAGUCCAGAGGUCCGCUGAGGCUCGGUGAGAGUUCGACAGCAGCAAGAUUGUGCAAGGAGAGACGGAGAUCCGCACAGGAUUCUGCAAGGCCUUUGCGCUGUGCGACGACGGUGUCGGUGCUCUUCUGGAGCGCUUUGAGUUGGCUCUCUAAUGCAUCGAGGUAAAUGCGACGGUCGUGGAACCAAUCAUCAUGCUCCACAAACUUGCCCCCGGAGCUGCCACCAAGCCCAAUACUCGACAUGAUACCUUUCGACUCGUGACCACCAAGCAGCGGGUCUUUGCCCGAGUGCUUGAUUGCUACGCUGAAUUGUUCCGAUUCGAGAAACGUCUUAAGGUCCCCGUCCAUUUGCAAGACAGGAUGUGACGCGAUCUUAUUGACCAUGCGCUCCAGAGCCUGCCUUCGUGACUCGAUGAAGUUCUGAUCGAAGCGUCCCAUGGCCUGCUUUUCGGGCGGCGGAGGGACCACGACUCCAGGGUUAUUGUCAUGCAAUCUCUCGUAUAACCAUAGGAAGUCGCGAUAGCGCCGAGUCACUGUGAAAGUGGGGUUCAUGUAAGCCUUGGAUGUGGUCUUGGUGAUGACAUUGUAUGCGGUAUGACUGCUCGCAGCUCCUCCCACGUUGUGCGGAUCGCCCACCACGAUGUGAAAGGUUGGCUUCGCAGCCUGCUCCACGGGCUGCGACGGCUGGGCAGAUCUUUGACGGCCUCCAAAAUGCGCGGGUUCAACGGGAGGAGGCUGACGAGGGCCGCCGUUCAAACCGGCACGAUCAUCAUCCAGAUCUGCGCUGCGAUUGGAAACGCCUGAUGCCGCAGUGGACGGUCGCGAACCUGCCGUAUUUCUCAUCGGUCUGGAGGCCAGCUCUUUCACGGGCGGAGCCGGUGCCAUGGGCUCAUCUGGUGGCUCGACGCCCAAUGGGCCCAGUGGUCCCAGGGAAUCAUUAUCGAGGCUUUCGAGUGUCGUGGACUGCGUGAGGGUGGCAUGACCACGGCCUCUUCGUGUUUUGGAGGGCGCAGGUCGGACGCCUGCUGCGAUGUUGGGAGUCGACUUGGACAGGGCGGCAGAGGCGGAUGCGUUCGACCCGUCUAUCGCUGUCGCUUUCGAUGACAAUGUGGAGGUUGAGGUCGUCGCUGCCGGAGCAUCUGCGUCUUCGACUGCGGCGACUGAAUGCGAGCGCGAGGGUACGUCAUCCCAGGGAGAGCUGCCUUCGUCCAUUAUUGCCCACGGAUCAUCACCUGCGAACGUCGCCGUCGCCAUGAUGAGACCGUUCCACGUCCGCAAUGGCCUGGAUGAUGUGCGGGAAGCUUCCGUCCGGGCUCCACCUCCGCUUCAGGUAUUCUAUGUCACACUCCAGC